ACAACACAAUAAAAGCACCGCGCAUGUGCUUUUGUGCACAGCGUUAGCCGGGGAAACUGAAAUUUCAGUACGCGUUAACAGGUCCGGAGUAUAGGGCCCACGAUUCCGGGAAAAAAAGCGCGCUUCUAAAGAGGCAUGAACAUAAGUGAAAAGUGACUCGAUCCUGUGACGUAACUGCAGAUUUGAAAGGAUGGCGAAACUCAAGCGGACACGUUUCCAUAAGAUCUGAAAGAAUCAUUAAUGGUGUCUCCUGCAACACCCGGAACAUCUCAGCAAGGCAUCUGCCUUCAUAAAUAAACCGAGUGUGAAAGCAAGCGAGGAGAGGACAUCCGACCGUACAACAGCGAGCUCCAGGCGCCUCCCACCCCUUUCCCCGUCUAUUUCAGGGUUGAUAUGCGAAUUGACCUUCGCACGGGACUCGGAACUCUUUUUCUUCCACAGCACAUCCUGGAAAUGUCACAGCGGGUCACGGCCGCUCUUUACCAAUGAGGAUGCGUAAUGGAGGAAGGGUUUCUCUGGAGGACUCUGACAUUGGUCAUGGCCACUGCGAUCGUUCUGGUACCUGUCGGAGGAAGCGAACACGUGAAAAAAGAAGACCUAGAAGAGAGUCUGCAGGCCAUUCACGACGUGGCGACGAACAGUCUGGGGUCGCUCUGUGUCACCGAGAAAUUCCGAUCGUUAAGCGUACCUUUAGCAACGGCGCGCUUCGAAUCGGCAAGACAAAAAGCAGACCUCGCCGCCACCCUGUUGCAAGAUCUGGGGGUGGCCCACCACAACGGUUUGCAGGGUGCCAUCUCCAAGAACCUCUUGGUUUCCGACCAAAGCGUCCUCUCGGCCCGGGUACUAACCAUGAAUGCGACCACUGGUACUCUAAUAAACUGCGCAUGGUGGCAACGUCAAGGACUGGAGGUUGGAGAACCGCACAAAUUACGCUGUGACGAGUAUUUGGAGACAGGUCGCAGACCAGGAACCGAGUACCCAUGGUAUGAAGAUGCAGACUCCAGUCCAGGUUUGCGCUCACCCAAAUUCAUGGAAAGCCUGCCCAACGUCUCGUACAGAGGGUGGUGGACUUAUCCCUACUACUCCUGCAAGUCGAGAAGAUGGCUGAUCUCGUACAGCGUGCCGAUACCACCACCAGGACGUGGAGGACUGAAGGGUUUCUUGAGUUUGGACGUGGACGUGUCACACCUGGAAGUGAACCAGUGCGAACCCACCACCACACCCUCCCAGACUAAUUCCAACGAAAUAUCAAUCUUCCACGGCACACACAAAUGUCACAACACCACAUCUCAGUGCUUCUAUCGACCGCAAACUAUGUCCUCUAAUUGGUCCAGGGGGAAGUAUCAGUGCGUGUGCAGGCCAGGGUAUUACUCUCCGCGCUAUGGAGGGGUGUUCAACGGGACUUUGGUUGAAGUAUCUUGGCAGGACGAAGAAGAAAAUAACACGGAUUCCUGGAGCACCGUAUUCCAGUGCAUGCAAUGCGCCCCUGGAUGUCAUUUCUGCACAGACCUCUCACCGUGUUUAGCAACAUAUCAUUGGCCCUUCAGAAUUACCUUGUUAGUAUUCAGUGUCAGUUGUGCCCUUUGCACCAUGAUUAUAAAUAUCUACAUGUUUAAACAUCGGAAACUAAAAGUUUUCAAAGUGGCUAGUCCCAUUUUUCUCAGUAUUACUCUAUUUGGUUGUGCUACUAUGUAUAUGGAGAUGGCGGCCAUCUUCCCUGUAUUAGACAGGUACUCUUGUAUUGCUACUAAAUGGUCACGCCAUCUUGGAUUCUGCGUUACUUAUACAGCAUUACUCAUGAAGACGUGGAGAGUAUCUCUAACUUAUCGUGUGAAGUCUGCUCAUAAAGUUAAAUUGACGGAUAAGCAAUUGUUGCAGUGGAUGGUACCAAUUCUUCUGGUUAUGUUGAUAUACUUAGGAACUUGGACUCUUUCUGAUACCCCAACCGCCGAAGAAAUAGUUGAUAAUGAAGAUCUGAGGUUUAAGCAGUGUGUUUACAACUGGUGGGACCACAGUUUAGCUAUUGGUGAAGUUCUCUUCCUGGCUUGGGGCAUCCGCGUGUGUUACAACGUGCGAAACGCCGAAUCCCUCUUCAAUGAAGCAAGGCUCAUCAGUUAUGCUAUCUACAACAUCGCCAUUGUCAACAUCAUGAUGAUCGCUUUCCACUUGUUCAUCUUCCCUCGCGCCGGUCCUGACAUCAAGUACUUGCUCGGCUUCAUCAGAACCCAACUGUCCACCAGCGUAACAGUAGCCUUGGUAUUUGGGCCCAAAAUCAUCCGAGUACUGCGUGGGCAAGGCGACCAAUGGGAUAAUCGCGCUCGAUCCAGGGGUGUGACAGCGUCAUUCUCUCUAAACGGAAUCGGUUUGGUACCAGAAGAAGCACCAGAUCUCUAUCAAGAAAACGAAGAACUGAAAGAAGAAAUUCAGAAGUUGGCUGCUCAAAUAGAAUUUAUGAAGAUCGUUCACAUGGAAAUCAACAACCGACACGUCAAGCCGAAAAGUGGGGGGUACUUCACCACUCUUAACGCUCCAACAGUGGUUCAUAGCCCUUUGUCUAGGCAAGGAUGCUUGCUAAGCAACAAGCAACCGGAGGAGCUGUGACGUUUAAGAAGUUGCGGCGAAUGGAUUAAGUUGGAUUUGUUCGACAGUAAAGAAACAAGAAAGCCUGUUUUUGUAUAAACAAACACGUUUUGGAAGAAGGUCUUCCAUUUUUAUUUUGCCUUUUCCGGUGCUCAAUUACCUUGGGAACGCAUUUGUCAAAAUUUUUUCUUCAAACAUUCAAAAACGCUAAAUGAUGACUGAUUUUUAUAAUAGAAACUAGAGAUGCUUCUCUUGUGUGAUACCGUAGGGAAAGAAGUUAGAUGCUGAAGUAUAGUUUGUAGAGAGAAAAGUAUUUAAAUUUAUUACAGCAACAAGAAAAUGUUUGAUGUGAAUUAAUGUUGCUCUAUGUCAAGAAUUUAAAUCAAUGUUGAACAACUCUGUAACGUGAAUUUUUUUAUUGAUUUUUAGAUGUGUAGAAGAUUGUUUAAACCAAAUAUAUAAACAAGAAAACUGGAAAUAUGUGUGAUAGCUAAUGUAGUCGGUGAACGACAAUACAAUAUAUCAAUUACUCAAUUUAAAAGAUAACACUAGUACUUGACAAACUUAAAAAAAAAAAUCAAAAUUAAAUUCCAACUAUUCCAAUUUAAAUAUUUGUCAUAGGUAAUGUCGUGUCAUAUAGCGAUCAUAGAAUACUACUUAAUCGUUGUAACUUGAUGUUUAACUCUAUUAUUGAUGUCUAUUGAUGUUGAAAAUGUCUGUGGUACAAAAACAACACAAAAAUGAGCCCUCACUAGGGAAAUUUAUAAUGAACUUUAUAAAUUUCUUAUCAAGUUUUUGUACUGCAGAUAUUCAUCCUAUAAUCCGUAGCACAACUUCAAAAUAAUUAAAUUGGAACUAUUGGCAAAUUUUACAGAGUUAAGUACUGGUGUUGUGUCAUUACGUCAGUUGUUGAUUUACUCUCAAAUGUACUAUAUAUUUGUAUUAAAAAAAAUAAAUGUGUUUAUAAAA